AUGUUGAGAUCAACUCUCCUCUCGAUGGUCUUCGCCAUGGGCAUGGUCAACGGUGCUGCCAUUGUCAGACAAACGUCCGAUGAGACUUCAGCCGACCUUGUCACCGUUGAUGGGCCUAUUGUCACCAAUAACACCUCCCCAUCUGGAUCUGAUAGCUCGUCCAUUGGCUCUUCUGCCUCUGCCUCUUCCUCUGCCUCUUCCUCCGCCUCUUCCUCUGCCUCUUCCUCUGCAUCCACCUCUGCAUCCGCCUCUGCUUCUGCCUUAUCCAGCGUUACCGUCCCUCUCCCAUCCGGAUGGUCCAACAGCGGUGUAUGUAUUUCCGAAGUAUCUGGCCGAGCUCUCACCGGUGUUCACUACUCCGACUCCACUGGUUUGACCCCUUACACUUGCGCUGCCUACUGCUCUUCCAACGGAUACACUCUCGCAGGCCUCGAAUACGGUUCUGAAUGUUGGUGUGGAUCAAUCUUAUCCAACGGCGCUUCUCUCACCAAAACCUCUUCCUCAUGUAAAUCCAAGUGUAAAGGAGAUUCAUCUUCAAUCUGUGGAGGCAGCAAUGCCGUUUCACUCUUGAUUUCCGACUCUGCUCUCUCUACGCUCUCUGCCGAUCUCACCACUGCGCCUCUCACGCUCCCCUCUGGAUGGGCCCAAGCGUCCACCGCCUGUAUUUCCGAAGGUACCACGGGUCGAGCCCUCUCUUCCGCCAGGUACUCUGACGACUCCAUGACCAUCGCAUCUUGUAUCUCCUUCUGUGGAAACAAAGGAUAUCGAUACGCGGGUCUCGAAUACGCUAGGGAAUGUUACUGUGGUAACUCUCUCUCAAACGGUGCUUCCUUCGACCGAUCUUCCUCCUCAUGCACUUUGACCUGUAAAGGUGAUGCCACUCAUACCUGUGGUGGAUCCAACGCGGUUCAACUGUACUACAACGCCCCAACCUUGCCCACCGGAUGGUCAUCAGCCUCUACCUCGUGUAUCGCGGAGGGAACCACUGGGCGAGCACUCGCUUCAGCAUCCUGGGCUGACGACUCUAUGACCGUCAGCUUAUGUUUGGGAUACUGUGAGACCCAAGGAUUCCAAUAUGCCGGUGUUGAAUACGGUCGAGAAUGUUACUGUGGUGAUUCGCUUAUCAACGGCGCAUCCCUCUCUUCCCCCUCGUCAAGCUGUAACAAACUUUGUGGAGGAGACAGUACUUCAACUUGCGGUGGACCCAACGCCCUUCAACUCUAUACCAAACCAACUCUCGCCUUGAACCUCCAGGUCACCAACGGAUACUCGUACCAAGGGUGUAUCCAGGAAGUUUCCGGACGAGCAUUGACCGGUGACUCCAUCGUGUCUGAGAACAUGUCAAUCGAGACUUGUACCGCUUUCUGCCAAUCUGAAGGGUUCACUUACGCAGGAUUGGAAUACGGUGAAGAAUGUUACUGUGGAAACUCGUUCUCAAACGGUGCUACUCUCUCUGCGUUGUCCACCCAAUGUACCAUGAAGUGCAGUGGUACCAACAAGGAAAACUGUGGUGGACCAAAUGCCAUCGCUCUCUGGACAAGCUCUCAAGCUUAG